AUGUGGAAAAAAGCUGAUAAGAAGUUUACUUGGAUGAUUAAAGAUUUAUCCUUUUCGGAAUGUCCGUUUAUGUGUUCUGAUAAAUUCGUUAUUGGUGGUUGCAAAUGGAAUCUUAUGGCAUUUCCCAAUAGAGAUAAGGAUGAAAAUGCCAAGUGGGUUGAUCAGAAGUCUCCCUUCUUUGGUUUUAUAGCCAUCAUUCCCAUUUCCAAACUUCAUACCAAAGAUGGUGGGUUUCUGGUAAACGGAGAAGUCAAGAUUGUUGAGGAGGUAGAGGUUCUUGAAGUCAUCGGCGAAUUAGACGAACCUAAAAAAACAACCCUACCUAAGCGAGAGGAUGCUGCUGGAUCGAAAGAUUUGCUCAAGGAAACUUCAUCGGUAAAAGACGAAGGCAUUGAUGUCAAUGGGUUUCAAGUUCUUCCUUCACAAGUGGAACUUGUGAAGCGUAUAUUCAAAAAACAUCCAUACAUUGCAUUAGAAGUCCGUUCAAAGAACCAACAACUGAGGAAAGCAUGCAUGAAUGUCCUCCUCAACUUAAUCGAGACGCUGAGCCAGUCACUUCAAGAGCUCUCCAAUGAAGAUCUAAUGGAAGCAGACAAUGCACUAACAUACCUGAAAGAUUCAGGCUUUAAGGUGGAUUGGUUGGAGAAGAAACUGGAGACAGUAAAAGAAAUUAAAGAAGAAGGAAGAGCAGAUCGGUGUGGCUCGGAUGCAAGAAUUAGAGGAAGUACUCCAGAGCUUUAA